UAUUUUUAAUAAAUUCACAUAUAUCACAUCACAUCUGAUCUCACAUUCGAAAACCCUAACACUGAAUAAGCAGUAAGAACAAACAACCGUGUCAUCCUUUCCUCCCCCAACGCAGUCAUUUCUCGCCGAUAUUCAUCACCAUCUCCCUAAGAUGCUCCAGCCUCAUGCACUCAUCUACUUCGAUGGAAAACAAUUGUAACUCAAAUCCCAACCCCGCCGCACGUGCUCAAUCAACAACCAUCAUUACCAAUGCAUUAACAAGGCACGUGACAACACUCUCAUCCUUCACCACCUUAAGUUUUAUACGCCUUCGAGCAUCCGAUGCUGCCGGCAUUGACGAUUUUGCACUUAUCACAUGGGUUCUAUCAAAAGGACUGAAGCUUGGUUCGUAAAAAUCGCUUCCACCAUUUUCCUUCGUUACGAUUCGUACGAACGUUUUUUGUUUUAUUUUAGUAAGCAUUUAACUCCUUUGAUUGUUUCAGAGAUUGUUAAUGAUAGAUUUAACAACGUUCCUGAAUUAGGGUUUAAGGUUGUUGAAUUCAGUAGGGAGAAAUUGCGUAUGAAUCAUUCUUAUUGGACUUAUAGUAUGUUGUUGAGAUCGCUUUGCGAAUUGAAUCGUCAUUGUUCAGCGAAAUUGGUUUAUGAUUGGAUGAGGUUUGAUGGUCUGGUUCCUGAUAAUUGGUUGUUAGGGUUUUUGGUUUCGUCGUUUGGUUUAAUCGGUAGAUUCGAUGUUUCCAAGGAGUUACUUGCUGAUUUUCAGUGUAAUAAUUUUGGAGUUAAUGCUGUUGUUUACAAUGAUUUGUUUAAUAUUUUGAUUAAGCAGAAUAAAGUUGGUGAUGCUGUUGUUUUGUUUUGGGAGCUUAUUCGGUUGAGGUAUCGGCCGGUGACCUACACGAUAAAUGUUUUAGUGAGAGGUUUGUGUAGGGUUGGAGAAAUUGACGAGGCUUUUAAGCUUCUUAGUGAUCUGAGGAGUUUUGGCUGUUCGCCUGAUGUGAUUACUUAUAAUACUAUUAUUCACGGUUUAUGCCAGAUAAGUGAGAUUGAUAGAGCUAGAAGUUUGCUUAAUGAGGUUUGUUUGAAAGGGGAGGUGGUGCCUGAUGUUGUUAGUUAUACGGCGAUAAUAUCGGGUUAUUGCAGGUUGAGUAAGAUGGAGGAGGCAUUGUUGCUUUUUGAUGAAAUGAUUAGAUCCGGAACUAUGCCUAAUAAAUUUACUUUUAAUGCUCUUAUUGACGGAUUUGUUAAGUUGGGUGACAUGGCGUCUGCGCUAGCCUUGUACCAGAAGAUGCUCUUUCAUGGCUGUUAUCCCUGUGUUGUUACUUUCACUUCCCUCAUUAACGGCUAUUUUAUAGUUGGCCAAGUGAAAUGUGCGUUGGAAAUGUGGGAUGAGAUGAACAACAGGAAAAUUUCUGCAAGUUUGUAUACAUUCUCUGUUCUUGUCAAUGGUUUUUGCAAGAACAGCAGAUUACAUGAGGCCCGUGAUAUAUUGAGAAUACUGAAGCAGAGUGACGUUGUUCCACAACCAUUUGUCUACAAUCCUGUUAUUGAUGGAUAUUGUAAAUCAGGGAAUGUUGAUGAGGCUAAUAAAAUUCUAGCCGAAAUGGAGGAGAAGAGGUGCAAGCCGGAUAAAUUGACUUAUACCAUUCUUAUUAUUGGGCAUUGUAUGAAAGGGAGAAUGGCUGAAGCAAUUGGUAUCUUUGAUAAGAUGUUGGCAGUUUGUUGCGCUCCCGAUGAAAUCACAAUAAAUAAUUUAAGAUCGUUUCUUUUGAAUGCCGGAAUGCCUGCUGAAGCUGCUCGUGUUCAGGAAGCUGCUCGUGUUCAGGAAGCUCUUUGCCAGAACAGCACCUCGAGUACUUCGUUGAAGAAGAAACCUUUUCACGAAAGUACAAAUGCAGAUAUACCCAUUGCUGUUUAUUGAAGUGCUAUUGCAAUCUAGUGGCUAGACAAUGCUUCCACCAUUUUGCUUCAAGUACUGGUGCAUGUUUCCUGCUUGUUGUACAAAGGAAUGCUAUAAUCAUGCAGGGUGCCUCUUUUUUCCAGAGGUCACCAACAUUUACAUUUGCAUUGCCAUUCCCUCCAAGAUCUGCUGAUUGUUUUUUAACCUGAAGCUAGGUUGAUUGCAGAAAAUCUCCCUGUGGUUCCAAACUCAGCAAUUCAACUUCUUGGUUAAAGGUUCAGAGACAAAGCACACUUAUAUUUUUGCAGUAAUUGGAGAGGUCCGAGUUUCACGAUUCAGUCAAUGAGUACAGAUCGAUUGUUUACAAGUUUAAAGCUCGCCGGAUAUCACCAAUAUUUAACGAGAUAUGGUGUGUCAUGUUGAACAAAAUUUCACGCAUGAAGUUCAAUUUAUCAUUGGCUAAAUGGUUGCCUUUGGGUUUAAAUUCUUCUGUUGAAAUAAGGUUUUCUAUUCAUCUUUUUUGGCUCCCAUGGUCUCCGAGGUUGUAACAAUAGUUUUCGACAUGGACCUGAAGGAAAACCAUAUGAAUUUGUUAAUUCUUUCUGGGCAUAUAUAAAGUACAAGAGAGAGAUAGAUAUAUAGAGAGGAGUUUCCCAUACAAGAGAAGAUGAAAUAAGUAUACUGUAUGGCCGAUUGGGUAAAGUCUACCUCUAGUUGAGAAUUUGCAUAUUCCUCUUCGAGGGAAGUUGUAUAUUGUGCCUUAAAGAGGCUAUUCUUAGUAGGGGUGGGCAAAGUUCAGUUCUGAACUAAAACCGUUUGAAAAUUGAACCGAAUUGGUUUUUAGAUUGGAAAAUCAAACUGAACCUGUUUUCAGUUCAAAGAACCGAAUCAAACCGGUUUAUAAAAGUGGUGAACUGGUUUAUUAUUUUGAAUCGAACUGAAUUGGUUUAACUUAAUUUUUUUGUUCAUAUAGGUCAAAAUUUACAUAAUUACCUUUAAUUACUUCUAAAAAAAAUUCGGUUCAAGUUUUUUUAACAAAUAACCGGUUUGGUUUGUUUUUUGAAUUGAAAAACCGGUUCGGUUUAGUUUUAGUUUUACAAAAUCAGUUCGAAAACAGUUUGGUUCUUAAACCAGUUCAGUUCAAAACCAAUUUGGUUCGGUUCGGCAGUUUAGUUCAGUUUUUGGUUUUUUUGAACACCCAUAAUUCCUAGACCCUGCAGACAUCUUUAAUUUUGUUCAAACACACCUAUUCAGCUCUGGUUAACUUUUCCUAUUUCAAUUUUUUUAAUCCAAAUACACCUAUCUGAUCCUGAGGUCAAAUAAGAGGAGGACUGCAUUAGUUAGUAGGCAGCUAACUUGAAGUUUUAUCAUGAUUUUAUGUAAUAUUAUCAAUUUUAUUGAAAAUUUGAUUUUAUUCA